ACAGCUGGUGACAAGGGGGGGGGAGGGGGACAGCAGGGACACCCCCGGGACAGGGGGCAGGAGGAUUUGGGGACCCCCCCCGGGUGGCGGGGGACAGCUGGUGGCGGGGUUGGGGUCACCCCGUGACCCCCUGGGGACAGGGGACAGCAGGGACGGGGUUUGGGGACACCCCGGUGACCGGGGACGGGCCGGUGCCAGGUGCUGGGGACCCCCCUGGUGACACCUUGGGGACACCACGGGUGACGUCGGGAGGGGUGGGGACCCGCCGUGACACAGAGGGGGGGUGGGACACUCGGGGAGGGGGGUUGGGGACAAUUGGGGGACACCAGGGACAAGUUCGGGGGCACCCCAAGGGUUGAGGGGUCCCCCAAAUUUUUGGGGUCACCCCAGGACCUCGAGGCUCCUGAGACCCCCGAGGACCACCCAGCUCUGCCCACCCCCAACAUUUUUUGGGGUCCCCCAAACUUUGGGGUCACCCUGGGACCCCCUACCCAAUUUAGGGGGUCCCCCAAAUCUGUAGUACCCCCCCCAAGAAACCUGAGGGUCCUCCAGGAGCGUUGGCCCCCAAGAAUUUGGGCCCCCCCCCCAAAUCUUUUGGGGCCCCCAAGAGUUUUGGGGUCCCCCAAAUUUGUAGAGACCCUCCACAAGUCUUAAAGACCCCAAAAGUUUUGGGGUGCCCCCAACCCUGAAGAACCUCGAGGUUCCUCCAACGUUGUAGACCCCCAAUACUUCAGGAGUUCCCCCAAAUCUUUAGGGCCCCAUUGGGACCCCCAAGAGUUUUGGGGUCCCCCGAACUUGUAGGGACCCUCCACAAGUCUUAAAGACCCCAAAAGUUUUGGGGUGCCCCCAACCCUGAAGAACCUCGAGGUUCCUCCAACGUUGUAGACCCCCAACAUUUUAGAGAUCCCCAAAUCUUUAGGGCCCCCUUGGGACCUCCAAGAGUUUUGGGGUCCCCCCAGCCUGUAGAGACCCUCCACAAGUCUUAAAGACCCCAAAAGUUUUGGGGUGCCCCCAGCCCUGAAGAACCUCGAGGUUCCUCCAACGUUGUAGACCCCCAAUACUUCAGGAGUUCCCCCAAAUCUUUAGGGCCCCAUUGGGACCCCCAAGAGUUUUGGGGUCUCCCCAACCUGUAGGGACCCUCCAAAACUCCCAAACCCCUGAGGGUCGCCCCCACCCCUGCAGACCCUCCCUCUCCCCCCUGACCACCCCCGUGCCCCCCGCGGUGCCGCCCCCGGCCCAGGCUGCCCUCGGUGCCCUCCGCCCCGCCCGUGCCCCGGCGCGCCGGGGGUGCCCCCGCGGGCAUGGGGGAGCCGCUGGGCUGCUGCGAGCGCGUGGCCAUCAACGUGGCCGGCCGGCGCUUCGAGACCCUGGUGCGGACGCUGCGGCGCUUCCCCGACACCCUGCUGGGCGACCCCCGGCGCCGGCGCCGCUUCUUCGACCCCCAGCGCCGCGAGUACUUCUUCGACCGGCACCGCGGCGCCUUCGGGGCCGUGCUCUACUACUACCAGAGCGGGGGGCGGCUCCGCAGGCCGCCGGACGUGCCGCUGGACGUGUUCCUGGAGGAGCUGAGGUUCUACCAGCUGGGCGAUGAGGCCGAGGAGCGGCUGCGCGAGGCCGAAGGGUUCUCGGUGGAGGAGCCGCCGGUGCUGCCGCGCGGGGGGCUGAGGCGGCGGGCGUGGCUGCUGUGCGAGCACCCCGAGAGCUCGCCGGCCGCCAGGGUGGUGGCCCUGCUGUCCGUGCUGGUCAUCCUGGUGUCCAUCGUGGUGUUCUGCCUGGAGACGCUGCCGCAGUUCCGCGCCGGCGCCGAGGGAGAGCCCCCCUCGCCCACCCCCACCAACACCACCACCCCCACUCCCCCUCCCCACCGCUCCGGCCUGACCGACCCUUUCUUCCUGGUGGAAACCAUCUGCAUCUGCUGGUUCUCCCUGGAGCUGCUGGUGCGCCUGGUGGCCAGCCCCAGCAAGGCGGCCUUCUUCCGCAGCGCCAUGAACCUCAUCGACCUGGCGGCCAUCGCGCCCUACUUCAUCGCGCUGGGCACGGAGCUGGCGCGGCAGCGCGGCAUCGGCCAGCCCGCCAUGUCGCUGGCCGUGCUGCGCGUCAUCCGCCUGGUGCGCGUCUUCCGCGUCUUCAAACUGUCCCGCCACUCCACCGGCCUGCAGAUCCUGGGCCAGACCCUCAAGGCCAGCAUGAGGGAGCUGGGCCUGCUCAUCUUCUUCCUCCUCAUCGGCGUCGUGCUCUUCUCCAGCGCCGUCUACUUCGCCGAGGCCGAGGACGCCGCCACGGCCUUCACGUCCAUCCCGCAGGCCUUCUGGUGGGCGGUGGUCACCAUGACCACGGUGGGCUACGGGGACAUGGCGCCGGUGACGGUGGGGGGCAAGCUGGUGGGCUCGCUGUGCGCCAUCGCGGGCGUGCUGACCAUCUCGCUGCCCGUGCCCGUCAUCGUCUCCAACUUCUCCUACUUCUACCGGCGCGAGCUGCGCGGCGAGGAGGGCGGGCAGGUGGUGCCCGCCGCGCCCUGCCCCCACCACCCCGAGGGGCCCGGGGAGACCCCCGAGACCCCCAAGGCGGGCGGGGGGCCCGGGGAGGGCUGGGGGGUGGAUGGGGAGGCAGGCGGGGAGAAGGGUUCUCCCACCCACCCUUGGAGGACCCACCCCGUCCUCCACCGCCAGAGGGCGCCACGACGUCACUCAACUUACCGGAAGUGGCGGCGUAUCAAGACCGGAAGUCGCCUCGCAGGCCCCAAAAGAGGCGUGGCCUAG